UUGUGGUAAAGCUAGGAGCAACUUGCAAACAUAUAUACAUACACAAAUAUUUGAUCUCCUUUGUUUGUUUUGUGAGAACACCUAUUUUGCGCUUUUCCCUACUGGGUUAAUCGUUAAUUAGUUGUUGUUUAUGCAGUUAUGAGAAAAUUAUCUAAACUGGCUUCAGUCUAUGCAUUCUGUGUUAGCUCUAAUUUCCUAUAGCCUCAACGUUUUUCAGUGUCAAGGUGUAAGUGCUUGAAUACUAAAGCAAAGUAAAGGUGUUCGUUGUAAAUGAUAAUAAAAAACUAAAAGAAUAUAAAAAGCAAACAAAAAAUUAACCUCACUCAUUCAAAGUGUCAGUGUGCUAUUAAAAAUUUACUGAAACAGUCGCUGCUGCUAGUAGACUCCUUUCCUCAAACGUGGUCAGUGUCAAAUGCAGCUGCGCGAAUCUUAUGCCAGCUGUUGCUCUGCCAUGGUCAGUCAGAGGUCAACAACUACAACUGCUACUACAGUUGCAGAAUUACAGCUUACAGCGCGGGAAAUUGCAAAAGAAACAAAGCCAAAGAGAGCCUCAACGAGUUGGUUGUAUAGAGUGCACACUUUGCGAAGGCGUUCACCCAGAGCCACAAAUCCCUCUACAUUAGCAACGGUUAAUGAUGUGAAAAGCAAUUACUCAACGAAUUUGACGCAUCAAGUGCGCGCAGUGUCGAGUCCCUCGCUCACAGACGCCUUACAAGAGGAAGAAAACGAGGCUUCUACCACCACCGCUGCUCCAACUACAUUAAAGUGUUUCAGUCAGAUUUCAACUUCGUCUUAUGCAUCCAGCGAAUCUACGCCGACGAUGGUCACUGUGACAACGAAGAAUAGCAAUGUGAGUGGCAAGCCAAUGGGACUACCAAAUAGCCAGAGUGUAGGUGUAUUGCAGAAGUUCAAACGCACGCUAACCAAUUUUAAUAAGCCAUCACAACAACAACUACCACCACAUAUUGCAAACAGUAGCAGCACACAAACGCUUGUAUUGAGCAAUGCAGCAUCCGCAUCAUCCACAACAAUCGCAACCGGUGUUGGUGCUAGCGCUGGUAGCAACAACUCCAUGGCAACUGAAAAUCAUUCAGAAUCCACAUCAAAUCUUGUGCUCGACGGUGCUACGGGUAAAUACCGUUUCGGUCCACUUAUUUGGCGUUCGUCAAAGGAACGCCGCAAGACAAAGUACAAUCGGCGUGACAAGUGCAAUAGUGGUGAUUCAGGCAUACAAAUUGAGUUAGAUAAUGACGAGCAAUUCUCGCGUAUUUUAGUCACAGCAAAUGGUGGCGACAACAGUAUGCCACCAAGUACGAGUGCAGCGGCAGCAAGGCAACGCCAUGCUAAUGAGAAGGUCCCAUUAAAAAUGCAUUCAGUGCGUCGCGCCAACUCGGCUAAAGCCACAAGCAUCACAGAUAAGUCAACCAUGGCGACACUUAGUGCCAAAGCAAAGAUACUCAAACGCAUGGAUAUUCAUGGUGGCAGCAUGGAACGCGAAGCACCCGAAUCACUACCCGCGCGUUCAUUAAGCCAACCCAAUGGCUUAGAUAUGUGCGGCAUCGGUCGAACUGGUGAUUUGGACGACAGUGACAGUGAUAGUGUAAAUUCACAUGAGGAAGCGCCAAACUACUACCCCAUUUACGCUGAAGUGUUGUAUAGCUUCACCGCCGCUGGUCAGCAAGAGCUCGGCCUCGAGCGUGGCACACUAAUCGAAAUUCUACGCAAAGAAGUCGGUCCAUGGUGGUUUGGACGCAUUCGCAAAGAAGAGAAUAAUACACUAGUCGAAGAAAUACUUGACCCUGAGCUCGGUUGGUUCCCCAAGGAGUUCGUGCGCGUCAUACAUAACCCAAAGACUGAUGUGUUUUUCCUUUCUCGAAUGGCAAAUAUCGCGACGUCUGAAGCAUUAACGCCAACAGCAAAACGUAGCAGCUUCAAAAGAGAUGCUGCUACAUCGAAAACUGCGAUACACUCUAGUACAACCACAAUGCCGUCAUUGAUGACAGCAAUGACUGCCUCCGAAGCAGAAUCAACGGUUGCUUGUGACUUGGAUGCCACCAUAGUUGAUGAGAAUAAUGUGACAACAAUUGUAAUUGAAUCGCCCUCGUAUGCCAGUCUCCCGAAUGCGUCUUCGAAUUCCGGUGGUGGUGGUGGUGGUGGCGUGUGUGGGGAUUCGUCAAACGCUUUGACACCAUCACGCAGCAUUAAUGUGAUACUCGAUAGUGCGGAUAUGUUGCGACGCAGUGCGGUCAAAGAGUUGCUUGACACUGAGGUUAACUAUGUGAAACUUUUGGCCGCCAUAUGUGAGGGCUAUUUGCCGGCAAUGAGUAAGCGUAUUGACAUCUUCUCGCCGAAUAGUAUUCGUUUGAUUUUCUCAAAUAUAACUGCGAUUUAUAAAUUUCAACGCAAAUUUUUGGAGGCCUUACGCAAGGGCAUCGAGCAGAAUCAAGUUGCCAAAGUUUUUUUGAAAAUGCAUAAGGGAUUCCUCUGCUACUCAACCUAUUGCAAUGCAUAUCCACGCGCACUAAUCGAAUUGGAGACAUAUGAUCGUAUCAAAGAUGCCAGAAUUAUUUUAGACAAUUGCCGCGAAUCGGAGAAUCUCGCUGAGCUCCCACUGUCGGCACAUCUGUUGGCGCCUGUGCAACGCAUCUGUCGCUAUCCACUGCAUCUUAGCGAAAUACUUAAAGGAGUUGGCAAAUGUGGCGAAGCGCCGGAAUAUGAAUUAGCACAGUAUGAGCAACUUGAUGUAAGCCAAAUGGACAUACCUGAUACCCACGAAAAAAUCGAUUUAGCAUUAGAGGCAAUGCGCAGCAUAACAGAAGCGGUAAAUGAAGGUAAACGUCACAGUGAGACAAUUGCACGUCAUCAAGCGAGUUUCCAGAACUUCAAAGGGCCGCCACUCCAUCUUCAUAGCACACGCUUCUUCUUGCAAAUUGACGCCACUCGACAAAAGCAAAAUCUCUGGAACAGUAGUUGCACAUUGUUUCUAUUCGACAACCAGUUGAUCUAUUGCAAACGAGACAUCAUUAAACGCAGCCAUUUCAUUUACAAGGGACGCAUCUUUCUCGAUCGCUGUCGCGUGGUAAAUGUGCGCGAUGGCAAAAUGUUUGGACACAAUAUACGAAAUUCACUGCGCAUCUAUUGUGAAGCGCGUGACAAGUGGUUCGACUUUAGUUUCCGUUCAGCAAAUCGCAAGCAUCGCUUUCUCAGCACUCUAGCACUGGAACGACAAUUUGGCGGCAAGGCAUUUUACAUCUCGGAAAUGACCGGUUUCGAGUAUGCCUACGAUGAGCGCGACUACUCCGAUCAGUCAGACGCCGACUACGAGCUGCCCGAUUAUGAAAACAGCAACAGUAGUGGUGGCGGUGUUAGUUUUGUUGGCGCAACGCGUCACUGGUCCAUGGCUGACGUUAGCACUGCAAAUGCUGGCGUCAAUUCGGUCACCAGUGGUGGGGAUAGUUCGUUGCCCGAGUCGCCAGUAAAAUACAAAUACUGUGAUACGCUGCCGAAGAAAUCACAAACACGUGAUCCCAGCUGUAGUAGCGGAGCGGUGACUGAGUGUCAAACUGGUUCGCUAGGUCGUAGGCGUCUUGGUAAUUGGUUCCGUAAACCGAAAAGUAGUAACUCAACACCAAAUCAUUCGCCAACGCAUAAGGCCAGCGAGCUAUCGGCCGGACUGGUGGGCGGAAGUGAGAAUAAUAUAUCAAUUAAUGUGGGCGGAGCAAAUUAUAUUUCAUCAGGCUCAUCGGCGUAAGGUGGAGGGCCAAUGACUAUGAAAACUUGAGGCAUGUGUCUCUAGCACAUACAAGCGAAACAAUAUUAAGAGUUUCACAAAACUUUUAAAAAUGAAUCUCCAUAAAAAUACUUCAAAAGAUAUGACAUUGUUUUGCAGUUAUACGAAAAUGGGCAUAUACGCCUUCAAAGUCAAUGGCUAACUUGAAGAAUAUACUUGCAUACAUAUAAAGAAUACGAAAUACACUGAAAAGAUAUAUGAGCAAAAAUUUUAAACGACUGAGUGAUUUGUUCUCUAUGAGUCAAUUAUAAAUGCGAAUGCAGGUGAUUAUGUCUUUUUUAUAUUAUUACGUCUGCAUUCUUUUAUCCUACACGCGAAACAGAAAUUCUCAAUGUUCAAGAGAUUAUGUAAUAGUAUAAGAACUUUCGGUGUUAAACCCCAACUUAUUCCAUUAUGUGGUCGUGAUUUUUAAUAAUUUUAAAAAUAAAGGAAGAAAUUAUUCAUUGCAAUGUAACAUGAAGACAUACUUCUACCAAGUAAAUAGUCAGUUGAUGUAAUAGUCUUUAAAAAAAUAAAUAUUACAAUAGUAAGAAAUGUAGGUUUCCUUUUAUGGUGAUUAUAUGAAAAUGGGCGUAUAAAUAUACGAGCACACUUUGCAUCUUCUGUAGAGUAAAUUUAACCCAUUUUCAAGUAUCCUACCUUCAAACUGACUUCUUUUACUUUCACCUUUCCAACGAAAAAACAAAAAAAUGAGCGAAAAAACAAUAAACAAUUAAUGUUAACGUCAGAAAAGCAAUUGUGUAACGAAAAAUUAUAUUAUUUACAUACAUACGAUACAUAUAUGAAUAUAGAUAAGUGCACCUACAUAUAUGCUAUAAAUGCACGCAUACAUACAAUAAAUAUUAUAUAUACUAUAGUAUGUAUGAGCAAGUGAAGUAAAGGUUAAAAUAUAACAACAACACAACAUCACGCACGAUGCCAGAGCGAAUUGUAAUAACUUUGAUUUAGGGUUUGUUAUUAAAAGUGUUUGAUUAAAGUUGAUUGAAUUUAAAACCGAACAUGCAUGCAUACAUACAUACAUAUAUAAUAUGUUGGUAUUUUAUAAAUACAUUUAUAUUUUAUAAAUUGAUUUAUGAAAUAUUGUUAACAAAAUCAAAUAUGUUUACAAAUGUGAAGCGUUGUUUGUAUAUUUACUUAUGUGUAAGUUAUACAUACGUGCAUAUGUAAUAAUUAUUGUAAAAACAGAAAACAAAAAAGGGGAAACAAAAUAUUAAUUAGAAAAUCUGUACUCGAACCGAUUUCGAAAACUGUAUAACUACAACUGUAAAAUAAUAAGUAACAUAUUAAAUCACUUAUUUAUUUAUUAUUUUACGUAACCAAUUUAAUUUAACAUUUCGCUGAUCUAUUUUGUUUAAUAUUUA